AUGCUAUCCUAUGCUCAACUCUUUGUCCAACUCGAAGUCAUAGGCUGCUUCGAGCAGGAGGCCAACAUCGAAGAGACGAAGGAACUAGUUGUCCCAACAACUCCAACUCCAAAGUGUGUGAUGCACUUCGAUUUAGGCAAAUCAUCUGUGGUGUCUGAUGAUCACCUGAUUGUUUUCCGUGGCCUCGAUGACCCUGAGCGUCUAAGUACAUACGAAUCGAAUCAGAUACGGCCGGAGGCGCAAGGUAUCUCAAUGAAUGACAAAUACCAACUUGUCGUACACGUUGAUCUGCAAGACAAAGCAUCUCGUAGAGGCAUUAUCUUGGAGGCCGUACGAGUCUACUUAUCCGCCAACGCCAGUCAAUUGGAUGAGCCAAUCAGCCAAAUAGAAUUACAGAUUACUGGUCCCAGAAGUAUGGGCACCAAACCAAUUCUGAAUGGUAGCGUGGCUGUGCAAUCGGAAGUUAAGACCAUAGAUGUCCUGGCCGAGAUAGCUGAACAUUUGCCAAUCGAAAAUGUAACCGGAGUCCGAAUGAUAUUCAAAAGAGAGAGAAGGCGGAUGAAGGAAAUUGGUGAAUCAAAGUAA